GAGAGUGAGAGUACAUUUCUUAAGUCUCUCUGUCGUGUUGGGGUUCAGGACUGCAGGGUAAGGAUCAGGGCCCAGAUAGAGGAGACACACAACCAAAUACAGGAUGAGGACUCUGGAACUGGUGCUGCUGGUUUUGGCUUUUACAUUUGCCACUGCGAUAAGGUCUAGAAGUCAGUUCACACGUUAUCGCUCAUGGAACUCACGGAUGUAUCCAGUGUGGAAAGAUGGAGACCAGAGAUUCAGGAACUGUUGGUUUGGUGGUGAAGUAACUUUUGAUCUGAAAAACGAUGCACCCACACUGACUGGAGCAAGAGCAACUUUCAAUAUUAAUCUUAACUUCCCACCAAACCAGACAGCACUCCCUGAUGGCCAGGUGGUCUGGGCGCAAAACUGCACCAUCAAUGGUCAACAGUACCAGGAGGGUCAGGCUGUGUAUCCUGACCGGGGAACCCAGUCGACCGGAGUUUUCCCUGAUGGUACACCGUUCUCCAGGAGUCGGAACAAGAAACCCCACUACGUGUUUGUGUGGAAGACAUGGGGGCGCUACUGGCAGGUGGCAGACGGACCAUCCUCCUCCCUUACUAUCGGAACAGACAACGUCCCCCUCGGCUCCUACAACAUGGAGGUUGUCAUCUAUCACAGCCGUGGCAAAGACACAUUUAUCCCUCUCGGCUACGCCUCCACGGUCUUCGCCAUCACAGACCAGAUUCCCUUCACUAUGUCACUCGCCCAAGUCAACGAUGUAAACCAGGAGGACCAGAACUUCAUCCAGAACCGAGCCAUUGCUUUCAACGUCAAGCUCCAUGAUCCCAGCCAGUAUCUCAACGGCGCCGACAUCAGCUUCAGCUGGGACUUUGGUGACAGCACCGGUACUCUGAUCUCCAGAGAAACCACCGUCACACACACAUACCUCACUGUCGGAACCUUCAAACCUCAGGUGGUCCUGAUGGCAAGCAUCUCCAAUGGCUGCGGAAACCCCACUGCUGUUGCUCCUAUUGAUGCCUCUGCUGCUACAGCAGUAGUCGUGAUGGCCUCCACCCCUGCAGCUGACCCAGCAGCACCAGCCGAGGGAGGAGAUGCAAUUGCUUUGGACGUUCCUGCUUCUGACACCACUCCGCUCGCUGCUUCUGUGCAGCCAGCUGAAGCAGAAAAUGGAGAAACAGGCGUUGACACAGAGGCAGUAGAGGUCGCCUCAGUAGCGCCUGCAGGAGUUGAUGCAGCUGUUGUUCCAGAGGAACAAGAUCCCGCUGAGGACGCAGAUCCAGCUGCAGAUGAGAUGGCCACGGUUGCCCCUGUAGCUGUAGAGCCAGCAGAUGCUGAUACAGCAGCUGCAGAUGAAACCGCAGUAGUUACAGAUGCAACUGAAGAAAAUGCGCCCGUGAUUGAUGCUGCUGCUGCUACAGUUGCACCUGUUGCAGAGGGAGAAGAAGCUGUAGCUGAGGUUGCUGGCGCUGUCACUGUUGCUCCUGCAGCAGAAGUAGCUGUAGAGCAAGAAGCUCCUGCUGCCACUGAGACCACAGCUGUAGAAGAGGCAGCACCAGCUGAUGAUACCGAGGCCGAAGUACAGGCAACUGAGAAUGAAGUUGCAGUUACUGCAGCUCCUGCAGAGCAACCAGCAGGCGAUGAAGAGGCUGUUGCAGCUGAAGGUGAAGUUCAAGCAGAGGUCGAAACAGAUCCAGCACAGGUUGCCCUCGUUGUGGCUAAAAGACAAGCACCAGAGCUGACAGCUGACUGCAUGGUCUACCGUUAUGGCUCCCUCGCCACCUCUCUAGAUGUUGUCCAGGGUAUUGAGAGUGUACAGAUUGUACAGAUGUCCAACGUAGUAGCAAUGACGACUGAGUUGGAUCAGAAUGCUGUGGACGUCACCAUUACCUGUCAGGGAAGUCUGCCAAGUGAGGUCUGCACAGUCAUUUCAGAUGCUGACUGUAUCACACCCGUGGCAACAGUCUGUAAUGCAGCUACACCCUCUCCAGACUGUCAAAUGGUCCUUCGUCAGUUCUUCAAUGACUCUGGAGUAUUUUGCAUCAAUGUCUCCUUGACCAAUGAUGUCAGUCUUGCUAUGGCAAGUGCUAGAGUCAGUGUAGCAUUAGCCUCCAGUGGUUCCCCAGCUGGAACUGCAGCCACAGUCCUGGGGGUUAUGGUUCUCGCCUGUGUUGUCUGUUGUAUUGGUUUGAUGUACAGGCGGUUCAAGCAGUAUCAGCCACUAAGAGAAGACCAUGGUGACAGUAAUGGAGGCAGCUCAGUGGUAACAUCUGUGCCUUUGAUGUUGUGGAACUUGUUGAGCAGACAGUCACCUGGAGAGAGUCGUCCACUGCUUCAGGGGAGGAUUGUGUGAAUAUCAUCAUCAGCUCAUGCACUCAACAUCUACAACAUCCGCUACAAUAUUGACUUCAUACACAUAAUAAUCUAACUGUUAACAGUCUAACUCCCAGUCAAUGUAUUUAACCAGAACAAAUUAAGUGAACCAAGUUAAGUGAAACUGCCCUCUGUACAAGAACGUGUAGAAAUAGAAAGGAGUCAAGUGUGGAAUAAAGAAGUGUCAUAAGAAUGUUGAAACAUUUGUAGAGGAAAGUGAUAUUUAUUUUGACCUAUGGUAUUUUGUAUUAAUUGGCACUGGUAUCUUAUAGAAGCCAUAAUUUGUGCUGUUAUUUGUGGCCUACCUAUAUUAAACAAAUUGGAAAAUUAAUGUAAACACAAUUCAGUUCACUUUCUUUACAAUGUAAUUUAAAUCACUUAUAUCACAGAACGUUAAUAUGUUUGCUACCCUGAAAUGAAUAAAGUGGAACUUCGUCCCCA